CAGCCCGCCGGUUUAAUGCGGCGAAACGGUCAUACUCGACAGCGACUUAAAAAAUUGCACUCGAGUUUCGCUUGCAAUUUUCGCCAUUUGUUUAAGUUUUCAACGCAUGCUGUGAUUGCGAGACGGCUGGCAAAGCAGAGAGCAAAGUGCCUGGAUAACCAGCGACCUGGAGCACCUGGCGAUGGAUCAGGAGAACGGCGGGCAGGCGAAAAACUCGGUGGGUUCAGGGGACGCCGGUCUCAAAAUGGCGUCUGCGAAUUCCGAAACGCUGGCGUCGGCGACGCACGAGCUGAAAAUCAUGGACGUGGAGGGCGGUGCGGUGGUGGCGGUGGAUCCUGUCGAGGAGCCGGAGGAUCCCAUGGUCAUCCUGGUGGACGACGACGAGGGCGACGCGGUGAUGGAGGUGGACGAGGACGAGCAGCCGCUGCCGGAUGAUGCGGGCAUUGAGGAUGUGGAUGUGGAUGUGGACGAUGAUCAUGCUGGCGCAGUGGCGGAACUGCAGUCGGCUUUGAAUAAUCCAGAUGACAAGCCGGCCAGCGAGGAUCCGCUGCUGGAGGAUCCGGACCGUGAGCCCGACACCAUGUCCACCAAAACCGAGCCUUCGAGCGACGGCGAGAGCAACCACUCGUACCACGAUCCCAUGGGCCUGCUGGAGCGGAUCGACAGCCAGGAGGCGGCCGACAGCCAGGACGAGGACGACGACUUCAGCGAGAGCAGCAAUGGCGGCAACAACGCAUCCCGCCGCCAGAUGCCCCGCUCGCAGCGCUGGCUCAUCUGGAUGAAGCGGUGGCCCUGGAUCCUCCACGAGGCCUCCGACGGCACCUUAGCCUUCUGCCUGUACUGCAACAUGAACAUCAACGUGAACAACCGCUCCAGGCACAUCAACCAGCACAACAUGUCGCUCUAUCACCAGGAACGCGAGGCCAACUACUUGGCCUUCAAGAGGAGCGAGGAGCAGACGAGGGGAGCAACCAGUGACAACGAGGUGAAACACGAGUUCGGCACCAAGAGCUAUGUGGCCGCCAUGAAGCAGAAGCGGGCCUCCGAGACCGAGGCCUUCAACAACUUCAACUGGUUGCGCUGGCUGCGCUGGCAUCCUUGGCUGGAGCGCGCCCAGCCCACCGGAACCAUCGGCACAUGUCGCGUCUGCAACGUGCGCAUGAACGUGGAGUUUGUCUAUCUGCGCAAGCGGCACGAGACCACCAAGGGUCAUCUGGAGGCGCUGCGCAACCAGGAAUCCGAUAAGCCCAGUCGCAAGCGGAAGAGGAGCAAGAGCACGAGCACCGGAGUCGAAGACGAGGGCGAGCCAGAGAAGGAGAAGGAAUCUGAGCAAGAGGCGGAGACGGAGGAGACGCAGGACACCGCCGUGGUGAUGAUGAACGGCGAGUUAAACAAGGACGAGGAUCCCAGCAAGUGGUGUGAGCUGAUUCCGGACACAAAUCCACAGCAGUGCCGCUGCACGCUUUGUGAUUGCACAAUGGCGAUCACCAGUUUUCUUAGACACUGCAAAACCAGGCUGCAUUGCCAGAAACUUGUGUCGCCCGCCGAAAAGGGGUCCCAAGAUAUCCGCGGCGUUUGGUCUGUGUUUGCCGAGCUGCAUCCCUGGUUGAUCGCCGAUCCAGAUGACCCCAGUAUUGGCUACUGCAGCGUCUGUCGCAAGCGCUUCAUGUACGGCAACUCGGAGAUUAAACGCAAGAACCACGAGAAGUCCGAAAAGCAUACGUCGGCAGUGGCCGCCGCAAAGGCAGCGAUUGAAGCUGGAUUGGCUGAGGAAAAGGAAAACGAAGAUGCAGGCGAAGCCGAGGAAGCUGCGGAGGCGGAGGAAGUGCCCGCCAGUGAGGCAGCCCAAUCAGAGGCUCGAUCGGAGAGCGAGGGCAGCGAGGAUAAUGACGAUGACAAUUGGUCGGAGACACAGAAAGGCGGAAAGGGCUUUGCUGCCAAGGCCGCCAUUGAGCCCAGAAAGGCCAAGGCACGCGCCGGUGUGCGCUUUUACCCGUGGCUUUGCUAUUCCAAGGAUCGCAAGACACAGAUCUGCAAAUUCUGCCGCGUACGCUUCCACAACGAAUCGGCGAAAGCCCGCCAUGAAUACAGUGCCCGGCAUGUGAAGCUUAUAAAGCAGUUCAAGGCGCGUCAGGCUAAGCAGCCGCAGGGCUCAAUGAAGCAGACUAGAAACAAGCGGCAGGAGGAGGAGGAAGAAGAGGUGGUUGAGCAGGAGGAGGAGGAAGAGCAGGAAGAGGAGGAGGAGGAGGAGGAUGCGGAGAGCAACACAGACUCCGGCACCGUGCAGACGCGAAAGAAGGCUCGUCGCGCCGGCAAACUGUUCGUCAAGCCCAUUCCGGCCACCAUGAAGGGCAAGGUGAUGGUGUGGAAGGGCCGCUUCCCGUGGCUCUCGUACAAAAAGAACGAGCUGCGCGGCAACUACGCCUGGUGCAAGCUCUGCGAGACGUCCCUCUACCUGCCCUCCUCCAAGUGGGCCUCCAAGCAUCAGAGAACUUCCCGUCACAUUCGCCUGCGCAUCGAUCGGAAGCGCAAUAAUGGCAAACCAUUACCAGCAGCAGCAUCUGCGGUUAAGAGCCCUCCCGAAAUCUCCGCCGUUGUGGCCACCGCCUCGGCUUUGGCCAGCGGUGAGGCUAGACAAAAGGCGGCCAUGGCAGAGCUGCAGGCCAAGUACAACUGGUUGGAUCCCGAUGCCAACGAUGAGAACCACUGCCACUGCCGCAUUUGCGAUACCCGGCUGCCCAUCAAGGUCUUCUAUCUGCGCCAACACGACGCCUCGCGCAAGCAUGCCGAGAAUGUGGAGCGGCAUCGGGCAGCCGCCGCCGCUGCUGCGGACGCUCCAUCCGUAAGCACCACCACCUCCACUGUGGAGGCGGAGCGGCAGGAGUCGGGAAUGGACAAGGAGAGCGACGGCGACAUUAGCGUUAGAUCCGAUGGCAGCACGGCGGAGCCCCCGGCGAAGCGUUCGCGACGCUCCAUGGAGGUUCGCCGCUUGCUACGCGCCCUUCGCGACUCCAUGGGCAAGCGGCACGAGGAGCGCUCCCAGAUUGACAUGGCCAAGGACAUGAUAUGCUCCUCAUUCGACAUUGUCUCGCGCCUGCGAACUCUGGAGCGGGAGUCGGCCGCUCAAGGCGAUUCCACGGCGCAGGCGCCGCCGGCAUCAGUCGCGGUGACCGCUGUCCAGCCGCCGGAGCCGCGUCAUGUAUUGGAUCUCUUCUUCGACAGCAUUGCGCCUACGAUGAAGUCCCUGCCCGCGGAUUUGGCCGCAGAGGGCAAGGCCAAAAUCAUGCAGCUCGUCUGUGGCUUGGAAGUGCGAGCCAUGCAAAGGAAUUCCGCUCAAGUAACUCCGCCUUCCGUCGUAGCACCUUCCGCAUCGGCUUCCCCAGCUACUCCUGCAGUUGCAACAAGUCCUCCUACCCCUGCUUCGGCAGCCUCUGUUAUUCCUCCAGCUCUUCCUGCUGCCGCCGAGGUAGACUCGCAUUCCAAUGUUAUAACCAUUCAAGACGACGACAACAACACUGUUCAAAACAAUAACAACGAAGUGGAAGCCGUACAGAAGAAGCCAUCCGCUAACCCGGUGACCAUCAACGGAAAUCAAAAAGAGCUGCCGGAAAAUAUACGACGCAUUUUGAGCUCCUCCCAAGUGCAGGUGACCAACCGCUAUGAUACGGAAUCCGUGCGUUGUGUGCCGCUGGACAAGCUAACCACACAGAGUCGCACCAACGGAAACGUGCGACCCUCGGAAGCUCCAUCCACUCCACAGGCGGAUAUUAUGGCCAAUGGAAAUACUCUAGCCAUGCUCCGGCAGAUACGCGUUAAUAAUAACAGCAGUUCCAAGAUGAUCACUAUUACCAAGACACCCAUGCAUCAGCCGCCGGCAAACAUAACAACGACACCCAUAAUGCGGAGUGGUCCGAACAGCAACGGUGGUCAGAUGACAACGUUCCGGUCGAUGGUGAACCAUAACCGUAGACCAUAAGGCGCAUAAGAAAUAUGAAUCAUGCCUAGUUAUAGUUUUUGUCAUUAUUUGUCAUUAUUUAAACUCGCCUCAAUCAGUUAUAUUGUAUGUUAAAGAUGGAUACUUGCAAGCAAGAUAAUUAUUUCAUUCGCGAUAACAAAGGAAUUGUUUUCAAUACAAUCAGCACGACAUUUCUGCAUUGACCCCUGAAAUCGAAUCGAAUCUGUUUUAUUCCGAAACUGGCACGUUUUGUUUCGGAACCAAUCCAGUGCACCAGUAAAAUAUUUUGGUUUUUUUUUUUUUUUUAAGCAUUUUAUAAAUUGGAUUGAUUUAAGGUUUACAGGCUUAUCCAAGUCCUACCCAAAUAUAUAUAAACUGUAUGUCUUUUAA